AUGGCGGACGGCCUGGCUAGCUCCACUCAGCUGAUCAAGAACGCGUACUUGAGUGUGUCGGAUGUCAAUGUUGUGGUUGUGGACUGGGCCAACGCUGCCUCCUUCAACAAUUAUAUCGUGUCUGCGUAUAUGGCUGAUAGUAUCGCGAGAAAAAUUAAAGACUUUAUUCAAACCAUAACCGUUGUGAUGGAUUUAAACGGCAGCAAUAUACACAUGAUCGGACAUAGUCUAGGAGCCCACGUGCUGGGUCGUGCUGGGAAAUUCCUGAAAGAUACUAACGUGACUGUCGGCAGAAUUACAGGCAUAGACCCCGCUCGACAUUUCUUCGAAUGGCCCAAAUAUUUUGCGGGUAUAGACAAGGAGUCGGCCGCAUUUGUCGACAUCAUACAUACUAGUCGGGGAGCCAUAGGCUAUGAGCACUCGGUCGGCCAUGUUGAUUUCUUUCCAAACGGUGGGCUGCGCCAACCGCACUGCUACUAUCUCUCUAAUAUUCUAGCAAUGACGUGCGAGCACAGCUGCGGCUACGUGUACUUCGCUGAGACGGUCCUAGGGACGAACUUCACCGCGUACAAGUGUGACUCCUACACCGCUCUACAGCAGGGGAGAUGCGAGGGACACGACACUCAGACCAUGGGGGAAGCGUGCUCGGUGGACGCUACAGGAAAUUACUUUAUUACUAUACACUAG